UCUUCUUUUUCAUAUUUGUUUAUUGAGCUUCUUUUUCCCAUUCUUCACUUGCACUUGGGUUUUUUUUCUCCUCAAAUCCCUCUCUCCUUUCUUUCUCUCUCUACUUUCAACUCUCACUCCCAACAAUCACUCCAAUUCCCUCAUUCCUCCCUUCAGGAAUUGGGGUUUUUCCUCUGAUUGAUUGCACGAUCAAUUUCGAUUGAUCCACUCCCUCAAUCUCAAUCAAUCUCUUAUUUUCUGUUUGGUUCUGCGAUGCUCUGUCCGAGAUGAAGCUCAAGAGAAAGCGGGCACUUGAAGUGCCUCCGAAAAUUCGUUCCUUCAUUAAUUCUGUUACAUCAGUCCCAUUUGAGAAGAUAGAAGAACCUUUAAAAGGCUUCAUUUGGGAGUUUGAUAAGGGAGAUUUUCAUCACUGGGUUGAACUAUUUAACCAUUUUGAUUCAUUCUUUGAGAAGUACAUAAAACCCAGGAAGGAUCUACAGAUUGAUGAUGAAUUUUUGAACUCUGAUCCUCCCUUCCCUAGGGAAGCUGUUCUUCAAAUUCUUCGUGUCAUUAGAAUAAUUUUGGAUAAUUGCACAAAUAAGCACUUCUAUAGUUCUUAUGAGCAACAUCUUUCAGCGUUGCUUGCUUCUACUGACCCUGACGUGGUUGAGGCUAGCCUUGACACAUUGGCUGCAUUUUUGAAGAAAACAGUUGGAAAGUACUCAAUAAGAGAUGCUUCUUUUAAUUCAAAAUUGUAUUCUCUUGCGCAAGGAUGGGGUGGAAAAGAAGAGGGACUUGGAUUAAUUGCAUCAGCAACUCCUAAUGGCUGUGAUCCUGAUCCUACUACGUUGGAACUGGGUUGUACUCUUCAUUUUGAGUUUUAUGCAGUAAAUGAAUCAGAAAGAGACAUCAAGGGAGCUGAAGCCUCUGCCCAAGGGUUGCAAAUUAUUCAUUUAUCUAACAUCAACAAAUGUGUGGAAAAUGAUCUGGAGCUUUUGCACAAGUUAGUUACAGAGUAUAACGUACCUGCUAGUUUAAGAUUUUCUUUAUUGACAAGAUUGCGGUUUGCUCGUGCUUUUGGUUCUUUGCCUUCAAGACAGCAACAUACUUGCAUUCGCCUGUAUGCUUUUAUAGUUCUGAUUCAAGCAUGUGCUGAUGCUGAUGACUUAGUCUCAUUCUUCAAUGCUGAGCCUGGAUUUAUCAAUGAAUUAGUUUCAUUGCUGAGCUAUGAGGAUGCAGUUUUGGAGAAAAUUCGUAUUUUAUGUUUGCACUCAUUAGCUGCUCUUUGCCAAGAUCGUUCCCGCCAACCUUCAGUGUUGACUGCAGUUACAUCUGGUGGGCACCGUGGCAUUUUAUCUAGCCUGAUGCAAAAAGCCAUCGAUUCUGUUAUUAGUGAUACCCCACGAUGGUCAGUUCAUUUUGCAGAAGCUCUACUCUCUCUUAUCACUGUGCUGGUUUCGUCAUCGUCAGGGUGCUCUGCGAUGCGUGAAGCAGGAUUUAUUCCUACUCUACUACCUCUCCUGAAAGAUACAAAUCCGCAGCACUUGCAUCUGGUUGAAAAAGCUGUGCGCAUUUUAGAAGCAUUUAUGGAUUACAGUAAUCCAGCUGCUGCAUUAUUCAGAGACCUGGGUGGUUUAGAUGACACCAUCUCUCGCCUAAAGAUUGAAGUCUCCUUUGUAGAAAAUGGUGGAAAGCAUCUUGAUGAAACUUCUGUUUCUAGCGGAAGGAGUGCACAAAUGGUUGAAGAUUCUUCAACUGGGCAAGAUGCCACACAACCCUUGUGUUCUCAACCCUUAAUUUCUUAUCACCGUCGAUUGCUGAUGAAGGCCUUGUUGCGUGCUAUAUCUUUGGGAACGUAUGCUCCUGGGAAUACUGCCCGUAUCUAUGGAUCUGAAGAGAAUGUUCUGCCUCAUUGUUUAUCUAUUAUUUUCAGAAGAGCAAAAGAUUUUGGUGGUGGAGUUUUCUCGCUUGCAGCAACUGUCAUGAGUGACUUGAUACAAAAGGACCCUACCUGUUUUCCUGUCUUGGAUGCUGCUGGUCUUCCAUCUGCCUUCUUGGAUGCUAUUAUGGAUGAUGUUCUCAAUUCUGCAGAAGCUAUUACAUGCAUUCCCCAGUGUUUGGAUGCUUUAUGCCUUAAUAGUAAUGGUCUCCAGGCUGUGAAAGAUAGGAAUUCAUUGAGGUGUUUCGUGAAGGUGUUCACUUCUAGAAUGUAUUUGCGUGCUCUUACAGGUGACACACCUGCAUCUUUGUCUAGUGGACUGGAUGAAUUAAUGCGACAUGCUUCUUCAUUACGUGGACCGGGAGUGGACAUGUUAAUUGAGAUUCUGGAAACCAUCUCAAAAGUUGGUUCUGGAGCAGAUUCCUCAUCUUGUCCUGAUCCUUCCACUUCAACCUCAGUUCCUAUGGAAAUGGAUAGUGAUGACAAGAAUUUGUUAUUGCCUGAUAAUAAGGAGUCAACCAAGGUGGAUAGGACAGAGCACUUUAGUGAGCCAUCUCCUGAUGCAUCAAUAACGAAUAUUGAGUCAUUUCUUCCAGAUUGUGUAAAUAAUGUUGCUCGCUUACUCGAGACAGUUCUUCAGAAUGCUGAUACAUGUCGAAUAUUUGUUGAGAAAAAGGGGAUUGAAGCUGUUCUCCAGUUAUUUACCUUGCCUUUAAUGCCUCCUUCUGUUUCUGUUGGGCAAAGCAUAUCUGUUGCCUUCAAGAACUUCUCCCCCCAGCAUUAUGUUUCUCUUGCUCGGGCUGUGUGCUCCUUCUUGAGAGAGCAUUUGAAAUCUACUAAUGAACUUUUAGAUUUGGUGGGAGGAACUCAGCUAGCUCUAGUUGAAUCUGCAAAGCAGACAAAGGUGUUGAAAUAUCUUUCUAGCCUUGAAGGUGUCUUAUCUCUUUCCGUAUUUUUGUUGAAGGGAACAACUACAGUGGUCUCUGAGCUAAGCACUUCGGAUGCUGAUGUAUUGACAGAUAUUGGGAAAACUUAUAAAGAAAUAAUUUGGCAAAUAUCUUUGUGUAAUGAUUCCAAAGAAGAUGAAAAGAAGAACACUGAUCCAGAACCUGAGACAUCACAGGUGGCUUCAUCUACUGCUGUUGAAAGAGAGAGUGAUGAUGAUGCAAAUAUUCAGACACUGAGAUACACAAAUCCAGUUUUUGCUAGGAAUGGUUCACAUUCCCUGUGGAGUGGAGAUCGUGAUUUUCUUUCUGUAGUUCGUUCUGGAGACAGUUUGCAUCGUCGUAGUCGGCAUGGGUUAUCUCGUAUACGGGCAGGAAGGACUGGUCGUCACUUAGAAGCUCUAAAUAUCGAUUCUGAAGCAUCUUCUAGUGCACUUGAGGCACCUUCAUCCCAAGAUCUUAAAAAGAAAAGCCCUGAGGUUCUUGUUUUGGAGAUUCUUAAUAAGCUGGCUUCCACUUUGCGCUCUUUCUUCACUGCUCUUGUAAAAGGAUUCACUUCACCCAACCGGCGCAGAGCUGACUCAGGGUCACUGACUUCAGCUUCAAAGACUCUUGGAGCAGUCCUAGCUAAGAAUUUUCAUGGGGCUCUUAGUUUUUCUGGGCACUCUACUUCUGCCGGACUUGAGACGUCGCUUUCUGUAAAAUGUAGAUAUCUUGGGAAGGUCGUGGACGAUAUGGCGGCACUAACAUUUGACAGCAGGCGCCGGAGUUGUUAUACUGCCAUGGUAAACAAUUUUUAUGUCCACGAGACAUUCAAAGAGUUACUCACAACAUUCGAAGCUACUAGUCAGUUACUUUGGACACUUCCAUGUCCUUUCCCAUCAUCAGAUACUGACAUGGAAAAGAAAGGGGAAGGAACUAAACUGUCCCAUAACACAUGGCUGCUUGAUACAUUACAAAGCUACUGCCGCUUGCUUGAGUAUUUUGUAAACUCUUCUUUACUGUUAUCCCCAACAUCAGCAUCUCAGGCAGAGCUUCUUGUUCUUCAGCCAGUUACUCAAAACCUGUCAAUUGGGCUCUUUCCAGUUCCUAGAGACCCAGAAGCUUUUGUUAGAAUGCUGCAAUCUCAGGUUCUGGAUGUGAUCCUACCAGUGUGGAAUCAUCCCAUGUUCUCCAAUUGUAGUCCUGGAUUUAUUGCGUCUAUUAUUUCACUUGUUACCCAUAUAUAUUCUGGUGUUGGAGAAGUGAAGCGAAACCGUAGCAACAUUAUGGGAAGCACAAACCACCGGUUCAUUCCCCCACCACCUGAUGAGGCAACUAUUGCCACUAUUGUUGAGAUGGGUUUUUCAAGAGCAAGGGCUGAGGAAGCACUAAGAAGAGUUGAAACAAAUAGUGUUGAAAUGGCCAUGGAGUGGCUAUUUAGUCAUGCAGAUGAUCCUGUCCAGGAAGAUGAUGAACUUGCACGGGCACUUGCCCUUUCCCUUGGAAGUAGUUCUGAAACUGCUAAAGUUGAUAGUGCAGAGAAGACUACAGAUGUGCUAACCGAAGAGGGGUGUGUAAAGAAACCACCAGUUGAUGAUAUCCUUGCUGCAUCAAUGAAGUUGUUUCAGAGUAGUGAUUCAGUGGCAUUUCAGUUGACAGAUUUACUUGUAACACUUUGCAGUCAGAACAAAGGCGAAGACCGUCCAAAAGUAAUAUCUUAUCUUCUGCAGCAGCUAAAAAUUUGUCCAUUGGACUUCUCCAAGGAUAACUGUGCAUUGAGUGUGUUAGCACAUAUUAUAGCAUUGCUUCUUUUUGAGGAUGGAAAUACAAGGGAAAUUGCAGCUGAGAAUGGCAUUAUAUCUACCAUCAUAAAUAUCUUGUCAAACUUCAACAGCACACAGUGCUUUAUUGCUUAUAUUAGAACAGAUGCUGCAAUCGAGACCAAAAACUGAAAACACUGAAGGAACCAAAACUGGCUCCCUGCCUGAUUCAUCUGGUGACCAUGGUUCUCUGCAAAUUUCCGGUACAGCUGGGCAGAAGGAUAAUAACAUUAAUGUGAAUGAGAAAGAACCGGGCAUGGAUUUGGAGAAUAUACUGGGGAAAUCUACUGGCUUUGCAUCUAUUGAUGAGAGUCACAAGUUGCUGGAUAUAGCAUGUGACUUGAUAAAACUGCAUGUACCUGCUGUGGUUAUGCAGGCUGUUUUACAGUUAUGUGCUCGGUUAACCAAAACACAUGCUUUAGCUUUACAGUUCCUUGAAAAUGGAGGCCUGGCUGCACUUUUCAACCUUCCAAAGAAUUGCUUUUUUCCGGGGUAUGACGCUGUUGUAUCUGCUAUAGUACGUCACCUCCUUGAAGAUCCACAAACAUUGCAAACAGCUAUGGAAUUGGAGAUACGUCAAACGCUUAGUGGAAAUCGGCAUUCUGGGCGUGUUUCUCCUCGAUCAUUUUUGACAUCAUUGGCACCUGUUAUCUCUAGGGAUCCCGUGGUUUUCAUGAAAGCUGCAGCUGCAGUUUGUCAGUUAGAGACAUCAGCAGGGAGGGCAGUAGUUGUAUUAUCAAAAGAAAAAGAAAAGGAAAAAUCAAAAGCAUCAGGUGUUGAGGUUGGUUUAUCUUCAAAUGAAUGUGUCCGAAUUCCUGAAAGCAAAUCUCAAGAUGGAUCUGGUAAAUGUUUGAAGAGCCACAAAAAAGUUCCUGUUAAUCUCACUCAAGUAAUUGAUCAGCUUCUUGAGAUUGUGCUUAAGUACCCGCCCUUGAAAGGACAGGAAGAAUCUGAGUGUGGUUCAACUCUCAUGGAUAUAGAUGAACCUACCUUGAAGGUGAAGGGUAAAUCAAAGGUUGAAGAGACAGGGAUGUUAGAACCUGAUUCUGAAAAAUCUACGGGACUGGUGAAGGUGACUUUUGUGCUUAAGUUAUUGAGUGACAUUCUUUUAAUGUAUGGACAUGCAGUUGGUGUUAUACUGAGACGUGAUACUGAAAUGUGUCAAUUUCGUGGAUCCAAUCAGCCAGCUGGACAUUGUGGUAUUAUCCAUCAUGUUUUGCACCGUUUGUUACCCCUCUCUGUUGAAAAGUCUGCAGGACCUGAUGAUUGGAGAGGUAAAUUGUCUGAAAAAGCUUCAUGGUUCCUUGUAGUCCUGUGUGGGCGGUCUGGUGAAGGGCGCAAGCGAGUAACAAAUGAACUUGUUAAAGAGCUGACAUCUUUCUCAAAUCUGGAAAGCAAUUCAAUGAAAAGCACCUUAUUGCCUGAUAAAAGGCUUUUUACUUUAGUUGAUCUUGUAUAUUCUAUUUUGUCCAAAAAUUCAUCAUCCGGUAGCCUACCUGGUUCUGGAUAUUCACCUGAAAUUGCAAAAAGCAUGAUAGAUGGUGGGAUCAUUCAGUGUCUAACUAGCAUCCUGCAAGUGGUUGAUUUAGAUCAUCCUGAAGCACCAAAAAUUGUGAAUCUUAUACUGAAAGGUUUAGAAGGCCUUACUCGGGCUGCUAAUGCUAGUGAACAAAUCUUUAAAUCUGAUGAAAUUGAGAAGAGAAGAUCUACUAGUCUAAAUGACAGACCUGAUGAUCAAGUAACAACUCCCUCUGCUCCUGUAGCAGGGACACAUGAUCAGAAUGUGAGCAAUCAAGAAGCACUGAGAGAUGGAAUGGAUAAUGCACAACAUCAUAAUGAAACUUCUCAAGGUGAUGAUCAUGCUGAGGAUAAUACAAAUCAUACCGAGGAACAAGAUAUGAGAAGAGAAGAGGAGGAGACAAUGGCUCAAAACCCAUCAAUGGAUCUUGGAAUGGAAUUUAUGCGUGAAGAGAUGGGUGAGGGUGGUGUCUUGCACAAUCCGGAACAAAUUGAGAUGACUUUUCAUGUCGAGAAUAGGGCAGAUGAUGAUAUGGGUGAUGAAGAUGAUGAUAUGGGAGAUGAGGGUGACGAUGAUGAGGAUGAUGAUGAGGGAGAGGAUGAAGAUGAGGAUAUAGCUGAAGAUGGUGGGGGCAUGAUGUCCUUGGCGGAUACUGAUGUUGAGGAUCAUGAUGAUACUGGCUUGGGAGAUGAAUACAAUGAUGAGAUGAUUGAUGAAGAUGAUGAUGAUUUUCAUGAGAAUCGUGUAAUAGAAGUGAGGUGGAGGGAAGCUCUUGAUGGGUUGGAUCACUUGCAGAUACUUGGGCAACCUGGAACAACGGGGUCAAUGUGGAUGAUCUGUUCCGGCUUCAAGGUUUUGAAAGGCGCCGGCAGACAGGUAGGUCUUCCUUUGAGAGAUCUGCUUCUGAAGUUAAUGGUUUUCAACAUCCUUUGCUUGUAAGGCCACCACCAUCUGGGGAUGUUCUCUCAAUGUGGUCAUCAGGUGGAAACUCUGCUUCCAGGGAUUCCGAAACUUUGUCAUCUGGCAACCUUGAUGUGGCCCACUUCUACAUGUUUGAUGCACCUAUUCUUCCAUAUGAUCAUGUGCCAAGUAGUCUCUUUGGAGAUCGUCUGGGUGGUGCAGCACCUCCUCCCCUGACUGAUUAUUCUGUGGGUAUGGGCUCAUUGCACCUUCCUGGAAGAAGAGUCCUAGGUAAUGGUAGGUGGACUGAUGAUGGUCAGCCACAAGGAGGUGCUCAAGCAGCUGCCAUUGCUCAAGCAGUGGAGGAACAAUUCUUAGCUCAAUUGAGCAAUGCAGCUCCAACAAGUAGUCCUGUUGAACGACAGUUACAGAAUUCUGGAGAGCAAGAGAAGCAAUCUGACACUCUUCAGUCACAUGAUGGUCCAAUUUUGGGUGCAGGGACUGCUUCUACUUGUCAGCGGAUUGAAGGUCAGGAACAAGAGAAUGUUAAUGGAACCACUGUUCAGCAAGACAACGUUGCAGUUGGCAGUAUUCCUUUUGUGGAAGAGAUAAAUGCAGACUCUGGUAUUCGAGAUAUCAGUGAAAACCUGCAAGAAAAUGAGCCUAUGUCAGUGCAGCCACUUUCACUGAACAUCAUGCCAACUGAUGUUGAGUGCGCAGAAGCUGGAGGAAGUGUCACUGCUGGUGAGUGUGCAACCACAGAUCGAGCUUUUGUUGACUCAUCUAUAAAUUGUAAUGCUGAUGUACAAUGCGAAAGGGGUGCUGACAUACCUGCUAUGGACAAUAAUGUGCCAGAUGUGCCCAUGGGGUGCAAUGGGUCAUCUGUUGAUGGGAAUCCUGCUAAUAUUGAUCUAGUGGGUUCUGAUUUGGAGACACCUAAUCGAGGUAAUUGUCAUGUAUCAUCAAUUGAUGCUAGUGAUGAUGUUAAUAUGGAUGGUGUUGAUGCUGAGGGAAAUCAACCAGAGCAGCCAACUGUUUCUGAACAGGGGGGCGAUCAACCUUUACCAACGCAAAACCCAGAGGUUGCCCCUAAUGCCACCCAGGCAGAUCAAACUAGUGCCAAUAAUGAAGCUUCUGGUGCUAAUACGAUUGAUCCUACCUUUUUGGAGGCUCUUCCUGAAGAUCUUCGAGCAGAGGUACUUGCUUCACAGCAAGCUCAAUCUGUACAACCCCCAGCUUAUGCACCACCUUCUGCUGAUGAUAUUGAUCCCGAGUUUCUAGCUGCUCUUCCUCCUGAUAUUCAAGCAGAAGUUUUGGCCCAACAAAGAGCUCAGAGAGUUGCUCAACAGGCUGAAGGACAGCCAGUUGAUAUGGAUAAUGCAUCUAUAAUUGCCACUUUUUUUGCGUGAUUUGCGUGAAGAGGUUCUUUUAACUUCUUCCGAAGCAGUUUUGUCAGCACUGCCAUCUCCAUUGCUUGCUGAAGCUCAAAUAUUACGGGAUCGAGCAAUGAGCCAUUAUCAAGCUCGCAGCCUUUUUGGGGGCAGUCACAGGCUUAACAAUCGGAGAAAUGGGCUUGGAUUUGACCGGAGGCCUGUGAUGGAUAGGGGUGUUGGAGUUACUAUAGGGAGGAGAUCUGCUCUCACAGAUAACUUGAAGGUGAAGGAGAUUGAAGGUGAGCCAUUACUUGAUGCAAAUGCUUUGAAAGCUCUGAUCCGACUUCUGCGAUUGGCACAGCCCCUUGGAAAAGGUCUUCUGCAGAGGCUCUUG